CGCCCUCGGUACACAGAGCCGUGCGCCGCCGAUGCGCUGCGUUUAGGAGAGGUCGCCCGGACAGCUUCCCCAUCCACUCCGCAUUAUUUACCACAUCUGGACGUUUGGACCGGGAUAGAGGAUCGCUUUUAAAAAAACAUUUACUCGGGAUAUUUUUGGGGGGUUUUAACAAACUACUUGAAGGCGACCGGCAACUCUUACCAAACAGAGCGAGGACGCAGCAAACCUCAGAGGAAAUAUUGUUGAAGAAAAUGAGUUUCGGGGCGAGCUGGUGAACCAGCGGUGGACACGAGGCGAGAGGACCAGCAGCCGCUGUCAGGCCUCCCAGAGACUGCAGAGCCGUCGACCAAUCAUGAUGAGUAUUGAGGGUGAUGACAAGCGGACUCGCACUCGGUCCAAGGGAAUCAGAGUUCCUAUCGAGCUCAUUGGACAAGAGCUGAGUAUUCUCGGUUGCCCCAUAGCCAGAAAACGCCGUUUGGAGGAAGCAGAGCAGGAGCAAGAGCAGGAAACAGAGCGGCCUGCUUCCAAGAGGAAGUCCCAGCCCCUGAAGCUGACCCUGGACGAGGGCUUCAGUGCGGAAAGUGACGCCAGCAGCGAGGCCGAGGGUGAGGGAGAAAAGGAUGGCGAGAAAGCAGCAGAGACCAAGGAGGAGGACGUGCAGGAGGAGGAGGAGCAGGAGGACAGGGAGGCAGUUGUAGAGGAGAUAGAGGCAAUGACGGAAGACCUACCACAGGACGGACAGACAAAUGGACAGGAAGUGGAGAUGCAGAGUUUACAUGAUGAGGAGGACGGGAAGAGGAAAGAGGAAGACACAUAUCAGAAAGAGGAAGAGACAUAUCAGAAAGAGGAGAACACAAGUGCAGCUGAUGAAGAGGAAGAGUGUGUGAUCAUCGAGCACGAGCUCAGCUCAGCGCCACCUGCACCCCAGGAGUGUCAGGUACCUUCUCAGAGCGCCAAAGAGGGGGACAACUCUCUCCUCCACGUUGGCAGAGUUUCCGACAACAAUGCUCCAACUGUGGCCAUUCAGCAGGCUGUUGCUAUGGAGAUGGAGCAGGAUGUCACGGAGGCAGCCAAGUGGUGUGAAGAAGUAAAGGACAAGCAGGAAGAGGGCAUAAAUAAGGGGGAAGAGGAAGAGGAGGAGGCGGCACAGAGAGUUCAAGUGUUGGAAGAGUCAUCUGUUCUGCAGAAGGAGGCGGCUGAUGUGAAGGGAACGGAGUCGGAGGAGGAGGUGGAGGAUGAGCAAGAAGAGUGCGAAGACAGGAGCAACCACGUGAGCCAGGAAAACCCAAAAUAUCAGACUGCUGAUGUACCCCACCAACAGAUAAAUGAUGAAGAUGAGGAGGAUGAGGAGGAAGAGGAGGAAGAGGUGGCAGUGCCAGCACAACAGAGGCAGGACACUUCAGCUCAUCCAGAGGAGGAUGAGGAGGGAGAUGAAGAGGACCACAGGGACCAUGUUCUGCCAAUUUCUGAUGUGCCAACUGCCGUCCACACCAUAACCAGCACCGCAGCAGCUCAGGGAACACACAUCGAGACUGAAGACCACAGGGCCGGGCCACUGGAGGACUACAGCUCACACAGGACAAGUCCACUUGAUAAAUGUGACUCUCAAAGACCAAGCCCUCUUCACAACUAUAAGGACAGCCCUCCUUUAAGCUACAGCUCCCACAGGGCCAGUCCACUGGAAGAAUACUUUCCAAUCCCAAGAGUUGAGAACUAUAAAAUACACAAAGCCUCGUCUUCAGCCUCUCCUGACAUUAUUGAGGUGGGAUCAGAUAAGUCGGAGGAGAAAGACUACGAUGACAUGGAUGGGGACGAUGAACGUGAUGACGAAGACAGCCUGUCACAGCGCUCCACGGUGACAGACGAGUCUGAGAUGUUUGACAUGACCCGAGGAAACCUGGGCUUGCUGGAGCAAGCCAUUGCACUGAAGGCAGAGCAGGUGAAACCAGCUGGGCCCAGAGAGCUGCUCCGUGCCCCAGAUAUACAGCACCAGAGAUACUUCACCAUGGAUGACAGGCCCAAGCACCUGGACGUCAUCCGCAAGGGCUACUUCAGCAAAGAGAGCAGUAGGCCAGAGAAGAGGGAGAUCAAGUGUCCCACUCCAGGGUGUGAUGGGACGGGUCAUGUGACCGGCCUUUACCCCCACCACCGCAGCCUGUCAGGCUGUCCGCACAAGGACAGGAUCCCCCCGGAGAUUCUGGCGAUGCAUGAAAAUGUGCUGAAGUGUCCAACUCCUGGUUGCACCGGUCAGGGCCAUGUUAACAGCAACCGUAACACACACCGCAGUCUUUCCGGAUGCCCCAUCGCUGCUGCAGAGAAGCUGACUAAGGGCCACGAUAAGCUGCCUCUCUCUCAGCCUGGAAGCGAGCACCUGAAAGGAAGUCCAAAUGACAGAGUGCUAAGACCCAUGUGCUUUGUGAAGCAGCUGGAGGUUCCACAGUACGGCAACUACAGGCCCAACAUGGCACCGGCCACGCCUCGUGCUAACCUGGCCAAGGAGCUGGAGAAGUACUCCAAGGUAAACUUCGAUUAUGCAAGCUUCGACGCACAAGUGUUCGGGAGCCGCUUGCUUGCUCCAAAGAUGCCCAUCAGCGAAACCUCGCCCAAAGCCUUCAAAACUAAGCCCUCAUUCCCCAAAUCCUCCUCGCCCACACUCAGUCUCCACGGUUAUGGAAAGAGCUCCGGCCUGGCCUACGACUACUCCCAUGAUGCUGAGGCCGCUCACAUGGCUGCCACUGCCAUCCUCAAUCUGUCCACACGCUGCUGGGAGAAACCCGAGAACCUCAGCACUAAACCCCAGAACAAGGAAUUGGACAUUGAAGUGGAUGAGAAUGGCACCCUGGAUCUGAGUAUGAAGAAGCCUUGUAAACGAGAGGGCAGUCUGUCCGCCACUAGUCCCGGGGUUCGCUCUCCUGACCCUUCCUCCUCCUCCUCUUCCUCCCUGCAUCACGGUGGAAGUAGCGGGAUGACAUCACCGAACCUGCACGGCUACAAGCAGGAGGAGUGGGAGGGACCUCUGGAUUACACCAAGCCCAACCGCCAAAGGGAGGAUGAAGGGGACGAGAUGGAGCACACUGGCCACUCAUACGUCUCUUCUGACCAAGAGGACUGCGACAUGAUGCAAGACGGUCUGGAGGAGAGGAAGUACCCGGGAGAGGUCACAACCCCGAGCUUCAAGGUCAAGUUCCAGCCCAAGGAUAGCAAGAAGGAGCUGCUCUCGUGCCCUACACCUGGUUGUGAUGGCAGUGGUCACAUCACUGGAAACUAUGCGUCUCAUCGCAGUCUGUCUGGGUGUCCUCUCGCUGAUAAGAGCCUUCGGUCCCUCAUGGCGGCCCACACCCCUGAACUCAAAUGCCCCUCUUUAGGAUGUGACGGCUCAGGUCACAUCACAGGAAACUAUUCCUCCCACAGAAGUAUCUCUGGGUGCCCGCGUGCCAAGAAAAGUGGAAUUAAAACUCCUACCAAGGACAACCAGGAGGACUCCGAGCUUUUAAAAUGCCCCGUGCCGGGUUGCGACAGCCUGGGCCACAUUAGCGGGAAGUACGCCACACACCGCAGCGCCUACGGGUGUCCACUGGCAGCCCGCAGACAGAAGGAGGGUCUCUUGAACGGCACCCCCUUCAAUUGGAAGGCCUUCAAGACAGAGGGGCCGACCUGUCCCACCCCCGGCUGUGAUGGCUCUGGACACGCUAAUGGAAGCUUCCUCACACACCGCAGCCUCUCAGGAUGUCCCCGAGCCUUAUUCGCCAAGAAGAAGGCCAAGUUCCCCACAGACGAGUACCUGACCACCAAGUUCAGAGCCAGUGAUGUUUUGGACAACGAUGAGGACAUCCAGCAACUCAACAAAGAGAUCAACGACCUCAACGAAUCCAACAAUGAAAUGGAGGCUGACAUGGUCAACCUGCAGACUCAGAUCUCCUCCAUGGAGAAGAACCUGAAGAGCAUCGAGCACGAGAACAAGAUGAUUGAGGAGCAGAACGAGGCUCUCUUCAUGGAGCUGUCUGGUCUCAGCCGCGCCCUGAUCCGCAGCCUGGCAAACAUCCGCCUGCCACACAUGCAGGAGCCAAUCACCGAGCAGAACUUCGACAGCUACGUGAGCACCCUGACCGACAUGUACACCAACAAGGACUGCUUCCAGAGCCCCGAGAACAAGGCUCUGCUGGAGAGCAUCAACAAAGCUGUGAAGGGCAUCAAAGUCUGAAACUCAAGACACACACACACACCACACGUACGGAGGAAUCGCAGACUGUCCGGAGGCGAGGGAGCGUGACGGAGGAGAAGAUGGAGGGAUGGCGAGAUUAAGAAAAGAGAUGUUGAAAUACUCUUCAAUAUAAUGAAAGAUGAUUCAAAACAAAAAGGGAAUCCAGGUUAUCUAAAUAAACGGCAACUUAAAAAAAAUCUACCCAGGGAGCACUCUCAUAGAAGAAAAGUGAUGCGGACCAAAAUCCACACCAUGCUGCUGCUGGGAUUAAGAGGAUGGAACAGAUCCUUCAGUCAGGAUGGAUGGAUGGAAAAGAAGAAUGAAGUUACUGGAAACUGUAUCUGGGGGGGGGGGGGGGUGGUGGGGGGGGGAUAUGCUGUAUGUUUACCUGUUGUCUCUUUUGUGUCCUUACCUGGUUUUGGGAGUUUUAACUGUUGCACAGCCGAUCCGUUAAACGCACUUCACAUCUCCAAAAACACUGCGUCGCUCACAGGAGCUCGGAGACAUGAAGAGGAGGACACACAGAUGAGUUGAGCACGAGGACUCUGUACCAUCCUGCAGCGUUCUGUGCAGCCGGUGUGUUCUGGAGCCGAGCUCUCUGGUUCAGGACCACACACGCACCCCAGCAAUACGACGCACGCACCAAACUGACUUUGUGUUCGCGUUGUGGUGUCACCGUGGCAAAGACGUCAACAGGUCACGUCGACUCCGUUUUGCGGGGGAAUUCUUCAAGUAAGGUCAUGAGACAGAUCCAGGAACAGUGUGGGUUCUUUCCUUUUCAGCUCAUAUCAUGUUUUUUAUGUAAACUGAAACGAUGAUAGUGAUAGUGUGCGCACAUUCUAAAUUCAGUUAGUCAUAUCAAUAGUAUUUAUCAACUUAGGAAUUGCACUUCAUUUCAAUUAAUAGUUUUGUGGUACAAUAAUUAUUGUUAUAUAUGAAUUAUUUAAACCUGUGAGCAUUUAAAUUGUAACUUAUUGCCAUUUAUGUUAUUGAGGUUUAUUUAUUUGAAGCAAUCUAUUUAUUAUUAACUUGGUUUUGUAACAGACACAAAAUUGCAUCUUUACUGAUUAUGGUCAAAGCAAUUUGCAGAUGUCUUGCGUCAAUAUUUUAAGAAUCUAUAUAGAUAACUGACAAGGCAUAUAUUGUUUUGAGUACUUUUUGAAAACCUUUUUAAGUGCAGAUGUUUUAUAACAGACAAAGUCUUUUGAUAAUUUUACAAAAAAAGUUAUUUUUGUUAUUUUUGGGUUCUUUGUUUUUCUCCCGUUACCUUGUGUUUUUUCUGUUGCCACUACAUUCAGAAACCCUCUGCUGAGAAAAAAGAAAAGAAAUUAUGUAUUUAUUAUUUAUUUAAUAUGAAAGAAAUUGACUGAUAUGGCUGUAUAUUUAUUUUGUUAUUUAUGUGCGUGAUGUGACGGUUGAGUGUGAGUAGUCUUAAAGAUCCACUGCUAAUAUUUAAAUAAAGAAACAAAAUCAAUACAAAUACUGUUUGAUUACUUAGGCUUAUACCUAGAGACAUACCAGCAGUAAGGAUUGUAAGGACGGAAAAAAAUGACCCGACAAAAGCAUCACUGCUCUGUUGCUAUUUGGUCUUUGUGUGUUUGCUUUUGUCAGGUUAUACAAAACCAAGAAAAAAACUACUACAACAACAAGAAAAAAAUCCAUAGAUUUCAAAAAUGUUACCUCUCUUAAGCGCUUUGUAGCAGCCGACACUGGCUCACCCAAAACCUCUGUAAUGUACCAUUGAUGCUGAAAUUAUGCUUUUUGAUUCUUUUUACUUAUUUAUUAUUUUCAUCGAUACAAUGGUGCAUAUAUAGAGCUCUUUUCCAGCAGUGUUUUAGGCUGGAUCUAUGGGUCUCCAACACACACACACAAAUACACACCGAUGUAUCCACUAUACUGUAGGAUGGCCUCCUUUGACAAACUUCUAUCAGAUAAACAUACACACCCUUGUAGCCUUACUCUAGAUUUUAAUUUUUUGAUGCACAAAGUGCCACUGAAAAAAGAAGAGAACUCACUUUCUUUCCUGAUUCUUCGCAUUUCUGCAAUGUAACAGUGUCUGGUCCCAGGAAGACCAUGGCAUCAUGAGAGUGGUGAUUGUUUCAGAUGCCUUUAUUUCUCUGCCAAGAUGGCCAUACGUACACUAUAUAUACAUUCUGUAUAAAUAGAUUUUAAAGAUGCUAUAUAUAUGAAUAUAAACAUACAUAUAUUUUUCCAGUGUAAUUGUUGACUUGCUCUUCUUCUCUUGUAUUACCUUGUCAAAAGGAUCACUAGCUGUCUAGAAGAGAUGUGACGCACGUUAUCAAAAGGAGGCAGUUACACCUUAUUUAAUAUCACUAAGACCUGCUCAACUGUGGCUUUAAACAAACCAUUCAGACAAGCUGAAGGCAAAGAAAGGCGUUGUUGAUGAUAGAUUACAAUACUUUGGAAGUGUUUUCCUUUCCCCCCCUUUUUCUUUAUUUGUCUGUCCUUUAUCCAGAACUGUCAAAAAAACAUCUACUGUAUGUUGUACUACUGAAUCUGAGAAAUGACUGUCAAUUUGAAACUAGAUUGUUGGCUCUUUGUUCCUAAGUGUCAUGUGAGUUCAUGUAUAUUAAAAGAUGCCUCUGAAUAAUGUUCUGCACAUAGUAUUCGGGCGACAUUGUGCAGUUAUUGUAUUGUUAAUGGUGAGGCCUCACUAUGAGCCCAUUCUCUAAUGUCAAAACCAGUCAGUAGGAGACUUUAGUGUGACCUGCCUUUCAGUGAUCCGUUGCAGCUACUGUGGUGUACAGUAUGAUACCUGUGUGUAACGCUGAUGUCAAAGGCAUGUUGUAAAUGUUCUUUUAGCCAAUGUAGAAUGAAAAUCCUUUGUGCACUUUCUAACUGUUGAAAAUGCCAGCAUUUGAUUCUCGACUUGGGAGAUGCCCCGUAGAUCACGGGCAAUAGCAAGUAUUCACCCAUGGAGGGCGCACUACAAAGCAUUGUCUCACCUGUGUGUUGCUGUUCAUGUAAAGAACAACCUGUGUGUUACAUCUGCUAGAGACAUCUCUUUGAUUCAGGGGGUCGAAAAUGUAGAUAAAGGAAGUUGUACUUUCUUCUCCAAACAAACAACAAAAACCAAAAGAGAAACGGACAGGAUGCAGAGUUUGGUUCUCAGGUGACUGGGAGGGGGGGCAUAGGGGGUCUGCUGAAGCAGAACAGAGCAAUGCCAUAGGUCAGCCAGUCAGCUGAGGCUAGAGGCGAUAGCAGCGGCUGGAUCGAGGCCACGUGUGAAAUGAGAUGAGUGUGUGGGAGUUGGAAAUUGAUUUGCCGGGCUACACAAUCUCCCCCAUGUUUCAGGAGGAGGUGUUUGUUGCAUAAAUGUGCGUCCAUCACUCAAAAGAAUGUCAAAGCUUUUUAUGACUUUUUGUGCCCCCCCCCUCAGGUCUUGUGUAACCUUUCCUCAGGAAAGAUAGUUUGGAUGCAUUUGGUUAACGGGCGAGCAUAUGCUUCCUCUCUUGAAGAGCAUGAGAAUACGACUGCAGAGGGCGUUAAGACUGUGAAUAUUCUCCUAUCUCAUUUGAUAUGGCAUGACCCCUUUUAAACUGCUUGAUGAAAUUGUCUACUUAGUUAUAUAAAUGAACAACAUUGAGGCCAUGAACGCAUAGCAUUUUCAAAAUAAUAAAUUAAAAAAAUAUUGUCAGCCGAGAAAGCAAAUGCAGCCUAGGGUUGGUUCUGCGCCCACACACUGUAUGUUUUCUUAUUUACAUAAAAGUCCUGAGUGAUGGAGUGAGGAGCUUUAUUAUUCUAAAUAGCAAAGAAAAAUUAAAAAGGAAGAAAAGAAAGAAGAGAAACAGGGCCCAGUUUCCCCUUAAGCACCUGGAAUGAAAAUCAAUUUAUCAUGACAACACUUUCAGGGAAAAACCAGUCCAGACCAAAAUCCAGCUGUGCAUUUAAGAGUCGGGGUGGGGGAGGGUGGGGGCACAUCUUUGCAUCCUGGUUUCGUGUUAGGUUCAGAUGUAAGGUCCGGACGUGUGAGUAGAGCAAAGCAGUCACACCUUGACUCGUGAGAAAGAAAUAUGAAGUGGAGUGGCACUUUUGAUCAAGCUGAGCAAAACCAAAAGCCCCCUCCCUCCCGUCUCCCCCACCUCCCUGCUGUAGUUUCAAGCUGUGUGGUCUUAUCAUGUGUGCCUUUCUCACUCCACUCAUUUCAAGAUAUAUAUACAUAUAUAUGGUGUGUGUACACUCUGCAAACCUAGUUCAAAUACUGCAGAAAACAUUUGGUCUGGAUCUAUGUCUCUUUACGGGGUCGCCGGUGGGUGGGAGGGGUAUAUAUGACAUUGACGUGUCUUUUACAUGCAGGUAAAGGUCCUUUUGUGACAGAGGUACACAACAACAAGCUUUUGUUAGACGGCUAAAGAAACUGUGAUCUUACUCUUGUUGAUUCAGGUGACAAACUGCAUGGACUGUUUCUGUGAAGGAAUCUGAAGAACAUCACCACCAUCAUCAUCAUCCCUAGAUAAUGCAUCAGUGCAGGGCAUUAUUUUGAAAACAGGUGGAAGUCUCUGUAUAUAUUUGUAUUAAGAACAAACAGUGUUAUUGUUGUUGUAUUGAAGACAAGUUGAAAAUGGUUGAAAUAAAAAGGAAAAAAAAAAAUGUAUGUGACAAAGAAAAAAAACAAAAACACAGCCAAGGGUUGUCCUGCUAGCACAUUUUUACAGAGAUGAGCUAUUUUUACUUGUGAUUUUCUAGGCAAUGAUAUUGAUAUAUCCUUUUACGAAAGUACAAGACUUCCAAAAUUACAAGCACUUCCACAACGAUAGAUUGUAUGGUCAAUUUUGUUACUUUUGUAGAUGUGGUCCUUCCUUUGCUACUGCACCAUUUUGUAAAGUGGGACAGGCCUUGGCUGUGUGUUCUCUGUUUUUUUCUUGAGUUCUUUAGUUUAAUGUUUUUUUAGUGUUUUUUUUUUUACUUUUUGGGGAGUAAAACACUGUAGAUGGGCCGAAUUUGUGACUGUGUGUUUGUGUACUUGUGUACAUGUUCCCCUGUUCCUGUGUCAGUGUUAUAAAGCAGAGAAGUGAUGUCAGUUAUUGUGGGGGUAUGAACCAUUUUAAAUGUUCUCUAUGAAAAACACAAAUAAAGAAUAAUAGACAAGGA